AUGGCUGAAGCCGCUUCGAACGUCCCUACCUUCAAGCUUGUCCUCGUCGGCGAUGGAGGAACUGGAAAGACCACUUUUGUCAAGCGCCAUUUGACCGGAGAGUUCGAGAAGAAAUACAUUGCAACCCUUGGUGUUGAGGUUCACCCCCUCGGAUUCAGCACGAACUUGGGCAACAUUCAAUUCGAUGUCUGGGACACUGCAGGACAAGAGAAGUUUGGAGGUCUCCGUGAUGGAUACUACAUCAACGGCCAAUGCGGUAUCAUCAUGUUCGAUGUUACUUCCCGCAUCACCUACAAGAACGUCCCCAACUGGCACCGUGACUUGGUCCGUGUCUGCGAGAACAUCCCCAUCGUCCUCUGUGGAAACAAGGUUGAUGUUAAGGAGCGCAAAGUGAAGGCCAAGACCAUCACUUUCCACAGAAAGAAGAACCUCCAGUACUACGAUAUCUCCGCUAAGUCCAACUACAACUUUGAGAAGCCUUUCUUGUGGUUGGCACGGAAGCUUGUUGGCAACCCCACUCUGGAAUUCGUUGCCGCCCCUGCUCUCGCUCCCCCCACCGCCACUGUCGACCAGGCCCUGCUCGAGCAAUACCAGAAGGAGAUGCAGGAUGCCGCACAGAUGCCACUCCCAGACGAGGACGAUGCAGACCUGUAG